UGUGUGCGCAUGCGCACUCGGCGCUGAUGAAACCUUUGCGCACCGACGGUUAGAGUUUAUGGGAAAACGCUGCAACGCGCUUCCCUGUUUAUUGACAUUUGGAAUCUCCGGUUUGUUCGUUUGUCGGUAAGAUUUUCGGUUCCUGAGCUGUUUUGUUUUGUUUGUUUUAAAGGGGGAGAGAAAACAAAUCACUUUAACCUCUACAGGUUGUUUACUCUGAUUCUGUAGUUAGGCUCGCGCUUUCCGUACCUGCCGCGCGGAUUUAUUUAUCUCCUCCUCCUCCUCCAUCUAUCCAUCCAUCCAUCCACUCCCGAUUCCUCGGUGAGGAGCACGCGAUGCCGUUGGGCCUGCGGAAGAAGAAGAAGUCGCGGGAGAGCUCGAGUCUGGUGGAGAAUGAGGAGGUCAGUGGAGGAGGAGGAGGUGGAGGUGGAAGCGGCGGAGGGCACGCGGGAAAGAGCGCGGCGAUGAACGGAGGAGGCAGCGGAGGGCUCGCGCCACCACCAGCAAACCUGCGCCCCAAACUCGUGUUCCACACGCAGCUCGCGCACGGCAGCCCCACCGGCCGCAUCGAGGGCUUCAGCAACGUCAAAGAGCUGUACGCCAAAAUCGCUGAGGCGUUCAAUCUCAGCUCAUCAGAGAUCCUGUUUUGCACGCUGAACACGCACAAAAUCGACAUGGAGAAGUUGCUGGGAGGCCAGAUAGGUCUGGAGGACUUCAUCUUCGCUCACGUGAAAGGCCUCAAAAAGGAGGUGGAGGUGUUCAAGGCCGAGGACGCGCUGGGCCUCACCAUCACGGACAACGGCGCCGGAUACGCCUUCAUCAAGCGUAUAAAGGAGGGCAGCGUGGCAGACGGCGUGAAGGUGAUCUGUGUGGGCGACCACAUCGAGUGCAUCAACGGGAAGAACAUUGUUGGGACGCGGCACUAUGAAGUGGCCCGCAUGCUCAAGGAUCUGCCGAAAGAUCAGUCCUUCAAGCUCAAGCUGAUCGAACCUAUGAAGGCUUUUGAGAUGCUAGAGCCGAGAUCAAAAGGAGCCAGGCCUCAGGGGGAGAACCGGAUCGGCACGGGUCGAGAGACUCUGAGACUCCGCUCCAAAGGCCCGGCUACCGUCGAGGAAAUGCCCACCGAGUUUGAAGAGAAGGCGGUGAAGAAAGUGGACGACCUCCUCGAGAGCUACAUGGGCAUUCGGGACACUGAAUUAGCGGCCACGAUGGUGGAGGUUGGACGAGACAAGGUGAACCCGGACGAGUUCGCCAUGGCUCUGGACGAGGCUCUGGGAGACUUCGCCUUCCCCGACGAGUUCGUGUUUGACGUCUGGGGAGCCAUCGGAGACGCCAAGCAGGGACGCUUUUAACUCCAACACAAGGCAGUACAGCUUGGGAUAACGUUUAGAUAAAACAGCAAGGGCUACGUAGAAGGAGGUGCUGUUUGAUAUCACUGUGAUCUUAGAAAAAAAAAAAAAACAUACACACUAUAGCUCACUCAGAGUGUACUUAUUCACCUGGAUAGCAUUAAUUACAACUUUUUGUAUCCGGUACAUUUUAAAUCUUGAUAUUGUCAGUGUAAUGACAUUAGCUGUUUAUAUUUUGGAGUUUGGAACACAGCUGCCCGAAUAGCUCAGCUCAGCACUGUUAAGUCUCAAUAAUAGCAUUUUUAAAAAAUUCAAAUAAGUUAUUUUAAUUUAAUUUGCCAACAUCGUGUAAAAAAUGGUCGACGCAAGUCGCUUGAUGUCAACAUCGUUUUGCGUCGUCGAAUUUAUUUCAUGAGCUCAAUUACAUCACCGAGCCCUAAAACAGGAAAUGUGCUCUAUAGAAGAUAAGAUAAUUCCAUACGUAACUGUAUUGAUUGUCCUGAUUUUUAAAUACAUAAAUAAAUUUCCAGGGUUCCUGAGUCAACAAGACCACCCUUUCCCAGCAGGAGCUAUCUGAAGCUCACUAACAGGAGGUGAAUUAUUCCAUAACAGGCUGAUCAGAUUUAUCCUACACUUGAUCCAUGGACACGUCUCCCAGCGAAAUCAGAACAUGUGCCAUAGUCACAUGAAUGAUUUGCCAUGAAUUAGUGAUUUAGGGCACUUUAAAGUUACUUUUUCAUUUUCUUCUGCAACUGUGUCUCAACUGUACUCCUUAGAAGGCAUGCGCUGAUAUUAAAACAAAUCUGUAUAUUUAACAUGCGCUAUAUUAUGAUGGACCGUUUUUAUCUUGUAUUCUCGAGAAGACUUUUGCGCUCCUGAGGUGAAACCUUGUUUUUUUGCCUCAUUUAUAGCUGUAAAUUCACAAACAUAUUUAACAUCAGCACAUGCCUAGUCACUUUUUUUUUCAUUGUGUUUUGUAUAAUAAUGAAUAAUGCUGGAAAAUGUUUUUGUGAAAGGACUUCAAAUUCCAUGUCUUUGCGGUUUUGGCCUGAUGAAGGAUUACACGAAUCCCUCUUGAUUUUAUAAAAAAAAAAAAAAAGAUAUUUAUACCUUUUUAGCAUGGAACGAUGCUGUUAUAGUAACAUUAGACAAAGGGUGAUUUUGAUUUUUGGAAACUAACUUUUUUUGUACAGUAUAUGAAUAGUCAUUGUAAUUUUAUAGCUGGAUAGAUUUGUAAUCUUUUAAUUUAUUUGUUCAAUAAAAUGAUUAAAAAGUUA